ACUUCAAAAGAACGGGAGAAUUACUUCCUACUUCACUAUUUCUAACAUUGCAAUUAGGGCACAUGUACUAAUUUGAAUAGUUAAAUCAAGUUUCAAGGAGGCAAAUAGGCAAGGCAAGCAGCUACGGUUCACGAAGUUACCUGAGCCGGCACACCGGAAAAAGAAAAAUGCCGCUUGGACUAAUACUUGGGCUUGGAAGGGCAAUGCGAAGGAAGCGUACAUCAUCAUUGGAUAUCCUUUCUUCAAAGAGAGCCCCUAGAAAUUACUACAAAGGAAAAAAUUGUAAACCCACUGGAUUUCAUACUCGCAAAGGUGGCUAUGUUGUGGUGCAAGAAAAGCUCCCUAAUUAUGUUGUUCCUGAUCUCACCAAUUUUAAGCUUAAGCCUUAUGUUGCUCAGUGCCCACUGAAUCCGUCAACAACUGAGAAUACAUCAAAAUAGAUUGACGACCAAAGAAGUAACCUUCUAGGCUUCUACUGUCACUACACCAAAUCUUCCCAGGUAUGGAACUGUCAAGAAAAAACUUCAAUGAAGCUGUUUUUCUCAGUUUUGGUUUGCUUUGUUCAGCUUUUCUCAUUUAGCUUAAUAAUCAUAGUUUAGGAUACAUAAACUCAUAAGAUCAACCGAAACGGGUUACGUCAUAUGUAUACAUGCUUGAACAUUGUGAUGGAAUUAGAGUGCACAAUAUUUCAAUUUUGUGAUC